CAGCGCACGCCAAGGGUGCCAGAAAAAGCGCUACCCGUCGUCGUCAGCAGCGCCACGUCAAGCGCGCCAGCGAGAGCGCUAUCCGGCGCCGCCAACAGCGCACCCGCAAGGGCGCUACCCGUCGUCGUCAGCAGCGCCACGUCAAGCGCGCCAGCAAGAGCGCUAUCCGGCGCCGCCAACAGCGCACCCGCAAGGGCGCUACCCGUCGUCGUCAGCAGCGCCACGUCAAGCGCGCCAGCAAGAGCGCUAUCCGGCGCCGCCAACAGCGCAACACCAAGCGCACCCGCAAGAACGCUACCCGUCGCCGUCAGCAGCGCACGACAGGCGUACCGAGGCUAGCAGCGCGCCAUUCAACGGCGUCAACAGAGCGCUGCUCACCAGAAUUGAAGCCACGCCACUACCGCCUAACGGGCCCAUAACGGGACAGGAAGCCGUUACCCAACCACUGCAAGUGACGCCAGCAAAUUUUGUGCUCAUUCCAGGUACUAACAGCAAAAGGGGUGUAGCGAGCAUUAAGUUGGGUGAAAGGAUGUACAUAAGUGUAUCAACGGAUGACGGUAGUAUUACAUACAUUGGACGCAGCUGUGUUAUGCGCAUUGAAUUGUCAUUUUUGGAUAUGAAUGGCAUUACAACUACGCGGAUAUUGCAUACCAACAUUUGGGGCCCCGGUGAAGUCGAUCAGCCUUAUUUUGAUAUCGGACGUUUUGUCGUGAAGGCUGAGUUUUCCGAAAGUGGCGCCAAAAUUCCUUUCCUUGCCUACCUUGGCAUUGAAAUCGCCAAGCAUGAUUUUGAUAUCCUUAAGGGGACAGAUCCUUGA